AUGGCGUCUUACCCCCCCUCCUCUUGCUGCUACCAAGGCGUCAAACAUGAGGGGCAGCCGGUUGGCGGCAUCCUCAACGUUGGAGACUUCGAGAUCUAUACCUCAUACCCAGCUAACAAGUCGACCGACUACGCAGUUUUAUUCCUAACAGAUAUAUUUGGCCAUAAAUUUAUAAACAAUCAGCUCAUCGCCGAUCAAUUUGCCGCCAAUGGCUACUUUACCUUCAUGCCUGAUCUGUUCAAUGGCGACCCAGUACCAGCGAACCGUCCAGAGAGCUUCGAUGUAGCAGAAUGGAGAAAAUCUCACACAACCGCUCACGUAACUCCUAUUGUUGAAGCCAGCAUCAAGGAGCUGAGAGAAAAGUACCAUGUCAAGAAAAUUGCCGCUGUUGGUUACUGCUACGGUGCCAAAUAUGUCGUCCGCCAUUUGAAGGCUGGCCAAAUUGACGUCGGAUACGUAGCUCAUCCAUCUCACGUUGACGCCGAUGAGUUGAAAGCCAUUCAAGGCCCCCUAAGUAUUGCAGCCGCAGAGACAGACAGCCUGUUCCCGACUGAGAAGCGCCACGAGUCAGAGGAAAUCCUAAAGAAUCUUGGCGUUCCUUAUCAGAUCAAUCUUUACAGCGGUGUUAUUCAUGGCUUCGCAGUCCGCAGUGAUUUGAGCGUCAAGGCGGCUAAGUAUGCGAAGGAGGCAGCGUUUUUUCAGGCUAUACAAUGGUUUAAUGAAUAUGUUGAGUAG